AUGUGUGGAUCUAAAAAGAAUAUUGGUUUAAUUUUAUUGGCAAUCAGUUCAGUAGCAAGCUUAAUUGGCAUUUGCUGCUGGGUCGUUGGAUCUCUUCAGCCAAGAUAUAACACUUCUAAGUAUUUAACUUCUAUUCCUGUUUUUCCGACAACAGAAGAUAAACGAGGACUUUGGGUAUCAACUGUUUACAACAAUGAAUCUGAAAUUUAUAACGAAUCCAAACAAAUUAUUAUUGACUUAAAACCUACGAACACUGAUCAAAAUUCAAGAACAGUUUAUCUAGUCCAUAACAUGUUUUACCUUAACACAUCAAUUGCAUUUUUAAAUUCCAAAAAUAAAACAAUUAGUUCUAAAAGUUUCAAUGUUACCUAUGGUUUAACAAAUGAAACUGAUCCACUAGUUAACCAAAAUAUCAACUUACUAUUGGAAUUUAUGAAUUCUUAUGGAUUCUUUAAAAUCCACUGUCCAUAUUCGACAAUUAUUACGAGCGAUCAAGGAAUUGAACCAUUGUGCAAUAGAUCUAAUGGAUAUCCUAUGCAAAUUCUUCAUAAUUUCACAGCUACACCAAUAACUAGCAUAAAAUCUGAUUAUUAUAAUACAACUAAGUAUCUAUCGAUUGAUUAUGGUUACUUUUUGCCAUCUAAUUACAUUCACACACCACAAAUAUAUCUUGUUUCUUGGGCCAUUACAAAAUCGAGUGAAAUCACUUUAUCUGGUGCUAUUAUUACUGGUUUUGGCUUCUUAGUCCUUACAGCUUCUAUAGGAAUGUUUGUUUCAAUGAUUAAUGACGAUUGA